GAUGCACCUCGCGCUGGCCCGCGCCGCCACGAUGCUCCAGCUCUGGCUACGCGAGAGCGUCAAAAUCAAGACCGUCGCGUACAAGGUCUUUUAUGGACUACGUAUAUUCACGCGCAAAGUGACGCUGGUCCAAACGUUUUGGCGCCAGCACGCGGCGAUCCACGCGUACCGGCGACGCAAGCUACUGCGCAUGUGGUAUGACUUUGAGCUCGUGGAGCCGCCGCCAAGCGUGCUGCCCGAGCCCGAGAUCCUACCCGCGAAGCAGGACAAGAAGCCACCCGCGGGGCACCGGCGCUCCAAGAAACCAGAGGUAGUAGUAGAGACGAAGCGGCCGUAUCCGACGCUGCCAUACCCGUACCCGAACUUUGAACUCGCGCUGCGCCUCGACAUCAUCGAUCAAGUGCUUGCCGAGUACGAAGGGUCGCUGCGCCGCCGGUUCCGAGCCCUCGAGGACGACUUGUACCCGUACCUGCUCGAGUGCCUCCAGGGCCUGGAGAAGGACGCACCGCGGAGUCGCGUGCGAAAGAAAGCGCAGCAAUAUCGACUUCUUGGCGCGGUGCACACGCAACUCCAGCGCAUGCCAGGCGCGCUCGACACGCAAGCGAGCGACGGCUACGCGCAGCUCACACUGGCCGCGUCCAUUGAUUUGCCUGCGAUGCUGCACCGCGCGAACGAGCGACUCAACCCUGCGCUGUACCUCAACACCGCCGGGCCCAACGACCCGCCGCCGCCCGUCAGCCGUCACCGUUCGAGCAAGCGUCUCAGCGUCGGAUAGCAACAGACACUUACUCGUUCAGAGUACUCUUCUUAUCGUG